AUGCUCUCUGUACCUAGACUGGCCUCGGGAUCUCGCGAAACCCUCACAUUCCAGGACUUCGAAUCCAUCGAAACAUUACCAUCCGAGGGCAUCUAUAUCUCGGAACUUGUCCGGGGAACGAGCGCGUUAGUCAAGGGACGUUUCUUUGUUUUGAAGACGGUCAUCGACCCCAAGCACACAGGAGAGCGCGACAGCGAACAAUGCAUCCUGCAGCAUCUGUCCCAUCCUUCUGUUACCGCCUUUGUUGCCAGUCUGUCUUCCCGUGUUCACGUCGUGGAGCAUUGUUCGUCAGGCUCGCUUCGCCAAUUUCUCAAGGAGAGGGACCAUGACCAUAUGGCAGAAUGCGAAGUUGCAUCUCUCCUCAAGGGCGUUGCCGAUGCAUUGGAAUAUCUGGCACAAGAGCUGAUUGUCCACCGAGACGUUAACCCAGACAACAUACACCUCACUUCGGCAGGACAGCCGAAACUGUCGAACUUCUCAUCCGCUACCCGUUUAUCAUCCGCCAAAUCCACGGCCUCCGGUCCGUAUGGCGCAUUCGAGUACAGGUCGCCCGAGAUGAUCACCAGCGUCCCGUAUGACUUCGCGACAGACGUGUGGUCAUUCGGCUGUGUUGUAUUCCUAUGCGCCACGGGGUACCAUCCUUUCAUGGCCCGCGUGCCACAAAUGACCGCCGACAACAUAUAUCGGGCAUCGUAUAGCAUACCUCGAAAGGCUUCAGCGACCCUGAGAAACCUUCUUGACUAUAUCUUCCAGCCGACCGCCACCCGUAUAUCCUCCCGCGACCUCGCGUGGCACCCUUUCUUUACUGAAUCAGUAGAACCCGCGCCUGGGGCAGGCGCACGACCUACAACUACUGGAUUAGCCUCGACGAUCCGCAAGCCCUCUGCCUUUCCUGUUCAACGUUCACAAAUCACUCGCUCUGUCUUAGGCAACAUCGGUAACACCGAUCUUCGUCGACUGCUUUCCGAUGAGGUCUCGGGCAUUUCUCGCGCUCGACGGAUCGUCUCCGAACCUGUUGGUGGCAAGACAUCGACGCCCUCUCUUCGGUGGCCCUCUCAGCCUUUCCGACAUCAGGCUCUGUCUCCUCCCUCUCGUCAACCUUCGCCUUCGCAACGUUUGCCAACGAGACCGACGACCCCUUCUCUCGACACCAGCAUCUCGACUGCCCCGUCUUCACCUGAGUCCGACGAGUCUGCGGACCCUCUUGCUGUCAACCGACAUCAGUGUCUACCUAGCGAACCGCUAGUCAAUCCUCUAAAGCGUCUAGUGUCUGGCUCCUCCGAACCCAAGCGACUCCUCUUCGAUCCUGUACCUCGCGUCGUCUCCGAUCCAAUGGUCCAGCAACGAACGGCAUCUACUUCGAUCUCAAAGCUAAGGGUCAUCUCAGAUGCGAAUACUCAGCACCGGCUAGUGUCCGAAGACUUCGUCAGUAAACGACUGGUGUCCAACGACAUUGUCAAGCAGCGUCUCAUCUCUGACCUCGACGCGAAGCAUCGCCUGUUCUCCGACGCGACCUCGAAACACAGAACUCUGUUCGUUUCCUCGACACCGUCAGACAAACUUACGCUCGCCGAAGUGGAGCCUGCCCAGCCUACGACUGCCUACGCUCCUCAAGCCCACUCUGCCACGCCUUCGCAUCGUAUCCAGUCCACCGUACCUUCCCGCCCUGCCCAACCGGUGCACUCACCCCUCCCCAUCGGCACCGUCCGCCCCACGCUCUUCAGCACCCACCUCAUGGCGCCGAAGUCCCACAAAGCGCUACAUGGCCAGGUUACUGUGCUCCCGUCACGCUCGCUGUUGAUCGACUUUCGGGAGGCCGAGAGGAGGAGAGGGGCGAAGGGGACAACGGUACUGGUGGUCGGUGGGGAUGGUGAGAGGAUCAAAGUCUACAGCGCUCCCCAUCUGAGCGCGCCCUGUUGCCUAACGGAGCCACUCGCCGAGUACGAACUCGAAGCGCUUCCUAGCUCCUACUGGAAGUCGUACAACGACGCGGCGGCGUUGGUGGAGAAGAUCAAGCAGAGGACGCCGAGGCUCGUCAUGUAUGAGGAAAAUGUCAAGUGCACCCUCAUGGCCAAUGCUGCUCCCGGCGAUAUUGAGCUAGACUUCUACUCUGUGGACUCAGCGAGGAGCGCCUCUGAUGACCCUGGCCGAAAGCCUACGACGACUAUGCGCAUCCGACUCUCGAGGAAGACACGUUCGCUGGAGCUCAUUCGGGAUGUCGGCUGCUCUUGGACUGGACUUGUCGCUGGCGCUGGCUCUGGUCCUGCUUCCGGUGAAGCCGCUCCUUUUGGCAGCGGUGCUGUUUCUGCUUCUGGCUCAGAAUGGGUACGGAAAACCUACGUGUACUCAGGCGACGGAUACGACGAUGCAGAUGCUCUGCGAGAUGUGGGUAGUCAUGGGAUGGCUGCGCUGGCGAGAUUCAUGGAGGUCUGCGAGCGGGUGGAGGCGGAUGAUGACGUGGGGACAAAUGCAGCGACCCCCUACCGCGCGCCUGAGGUCACUGCUCAUCGCGCUUCGGAGGCUGCUGCUCACUGCGAUACGGACGUCGCCGGGCGCUCGUCAACACAGGACCUGCUACCUUCGCUAGACGUGGCGCCGCCUGCUGCUCCGACUGCGCUCCCCAAGGACAAGCCUUUCCUCGGGAACGCUACGCCGAACUUGCCCAGUACUCGCAAGGACAGUCGCUUCCUUGGCCUUAAUGUCAACCGACGACCUAGUAAACUAUGGAGCGGGUCGUACUCUGCUGUGAUCCAAGCAGCAUCUGGUGCAGGUCAAGAACUAGCUGUGUAUGCGGACGACUCGGACUCGCCUGAACAGGACUCGACCUUCCGAAGGGACUUCCGCUCCAUUGGCGCGCUACCAGCUCUGAAGGCAGACGACGCGAGCCACGAGCUAGGCGAUACAGGAGAACAGCAGGACGACGAGCAAGCUUUGGACGAUGCAGACGCUCAACCUGCUGACGACGACUCUCGCAUCCACGUCGGCGCCAGCUUCUUCCAAAGCCUUGACUGGACAUCACUCGCCGUACCGGGCAUCGCUACGCGCUUCUUGCCCAACGUCGGGUGGUGUAUCCGGUACGGUUCGCGAGUCUCGCAGGGAGGGAGGUUCAGGAUCAUGUACUUGGACGGAGCGACGAUGGACAUCGACGUCGACGAGGAGUGGGUGGAGUUGCAGCAGGAGGGGGUUGUGGUAAGGGUGGGCAUGCGCGACCCGCGGGCCAGACGGAAGCUGGGAGGUAGGAUGAAGGCAUUUGAGGAGUUUGUGUCGAUGUUUGACGAGGAUGAGGAGGACGAAGGGGAAGUGUAGUGGAGUACUUUUUGUGAUACCCAUCCAUAUGCGAUACCCCCUGGCUUUCUAACGC